ACGAACUCAAAACUAAACUGAUGUUUGACGUGUUAAUUUGAACGUUUGCGGGCAACACACGAUUGAACAUCACUAACACAUAUGCACUGUUUGACGCAAUUAUUUGAUCGUCUCCAGGGCACUUAAGAAGCAAAAAAGCGAUGCUAACCCAACAUGAUGAAAGCCAUUUCCAAUUGGGAUGAUGUCAGAGGAGCUAGCGAAGCCCACUAAAGAUUCCGGUAGCAUCACAGGCAACAAAUUUCUAGAAUAACUACAAUGGUGGAUCUUUGGUACUCAUUAUUGUUUUUCAGACCCAAUAAUCUCAUCACAAUCCACAACAUCGUCAGUAUUUGCAAAAAUAAAGCUCCAGUUACCGAUACUAGACUUGACUCAGCUUCGAAAAAUUUGACUUGGAAAACUUAGAUGCAGUUAUACUAAACACAGCGCGUAGAAAUCAGCUGUUUUUGAAUGUUGGGAGAGCACACAAAUGUGACAUUUUAAUUGAUUUGUGAAGUUUGUGAAAAUUUAAUAAAUAAUAAAACAAAUUGUUUUGCCGAAUACCUUAAUAAUAAUAAUAAAUUUUAAUAAUGGAUAGUGAUUUAUUCCAAGAACUUGUUUAUUUAAAUAUUCUUCGCCUUCAAAGAAGAAAAGUUUUGAGAAGACGUAAACGCCGCUGGUCCGUUCAUCCAGCUAAUCGGGAUAGAAACCCAAAUGGUUUCUUCUGGAAGAACUUUUUAAAAUUAAAAGAAGGCGACCAAAAACUAUUUCUUUUAACACGGAUGAAUCGGACAGUGUACAAUAUUCUUUUAAAUAUAAUUAGUUCGUUUUUAAAAAAAACCAAAACAACAAGUUGGCGUCGAGGAGCGAGUGGUUAUAACAUUAAUGUAAGUUAAACAAUCCUUGAAACAUAUGCAUUUAAUUGUAUUCUCAUAUAUUUUUUAGGUACCUCGCUUAUGGAACACCUUUUGAGGUCAUAGCCUCGAUGCAUAAGUUAGGCAAAACAACAGUGCGGAAUAUCGUACUUGAAACGUGUGAAAUACUUUGGUUACAUCUGUCUCCGAUAUACCUUAGCGAGCCAAGUACCGCACAAUAUAAAGAUAUUGCUGCAGAUUUUUUAAAACUGUGGAAUAUACCCAACUGUGUCGGAGCAAUUGACGGGAAGCAUAUAGCUAUUGUUCGUCCACAAAAUUCAGGCUCGUUAUUUUAUAACUAUAAAAAGUUUUAUAGUAUAGUUUUAAUGGCAUCCUGCGACGCUAGGUAUACGUUUACCUCUGCCAGCAUUGGUAGCUAUGGAGGACAAAGUGACGGAGGUGUCUUUCAGCAAUCUAAAUUUGUUAAAGCGCUCUUGGAAAACAAAUUGUCACUACCACCAAGAGCUCCAUUAUGGAAUGAAUCCUCAACAGAUUUUCCACAUUUUUUUGUGGCCGACGCAGCGUUUCCGUUGAAGGAAAACUUAAUGCGAACUUACCCCGGUGCACAGCUGCCACGAAACAAAGCAAUUUUCAAUUACCGGUUAUCGCGAGCUCGUAGAGUAAUCGAAAAUAGCUUUGGUAUUUUAACCGCUCGAUGGCGUGUUCUACGAAAGGUCAUAGACUUUAGCCCAAAGAACUGCGAAACAAUUGUGUUAACCUGCUUGGUUCUUCACAAUUUUGUAAUGUUGAAUGACCAUGAUCGUUGGUAUUGUCCAGAUACAUUUGUAGACACAGACACCGCAGACCAUGGAAUAUUGGAGGGAGAAUGGCGUGAAGAUUUAGAGAGUGUUGGAGGUGCAUUACAUUCAAUAAGUUCAACUCGACGCAAUGCAUCUUGUAUCGCAUUCCGUGUAAGGGUUUUUUUGGCAGAAUAUUUUAUUAACCAGGGAGCAGUUUCAUUUCAAGAAGAUCGUAUUUAGUGUAUAUUUAUUUUAUUUAUAUUUAUAUUUAUUUAUAUCGUAUUUAAUGUGUAAAAUUGUAAUCCAAGUAUGAAGUACUAUACUUUUUGUUACGUUAACUUUUUUAUGAUAUUUUAUUAAACCAUAUGUUUACAUGACUUAGUAACAUAUUUUUCCGCGUUUUGUAUGUGUGUGGUGAAUCUUAGUAACCCUCAUUAAUUUUAUUAAACUUGUAACAAACCAAUUGUAUUUCAUCAAAG